AUGGUCAAAAAAUUUUGGUUAAAAGCCUCAAUAGCUUUGCUUAUCAACUUCAAAACUUGGGCUGAGAAUGUUUAUUGCACAUAUUACCGGAAUACAGACGAAAUUACAUGCGGUACUGUCACUUGUCAAACGCAUGUUCCAUUUGGGAACGACUUGGAAGAGGAAGAAGGCUUGGAAACAAAAUUGCCACUUGGUUGGUAUCGUAUUGGUACGCUGCAAAUUCGACAUGACUCAUCGUGGUUUAACUUGUAUCGGAGACGUGCUUCUGGUUCAGGAUAUUGGGAUUUUUAUACAAUGAUUCCGGAGCGAAACUGUAUUGGAAAUUUUGGCCUUCAUGCAGGUGAGAAUUUGCCUGGUUCGGUGACACUAAAAGACAAACGCUGUUUUGAUCGACUGAUUCGACAGAUUGAACGCAAAACAACUACUGAAAAAUUUGAUGUUUAUCAAUGUAGGAAAUGUAUAUUCAAUACCUGCUGGUUAGGUACUCGUUUGCUCCCGUCUUAUCGUGAAUAUCUGACUAAUCUAAGGUCUAUUUAG